GCGACGCCGACCCGAACCGGACCUAAAGCCACCAUGAACAGCAAAGGUCAAUAUCCAACACAGCCAACCUACCCAGUGCAGCCUCCUGGGAAUCCAGUGUAUCCUCAGACCUUGCAUCUUCCUCAGGCUCCACCUUAUACUGAUGCUCCACCUGCUUACUCUGAGCUCUAUCGUCCGAGCUUUGUGCACCCAGGGGCUGCCACAGUCCCUACCAUGUCAGCUGCAUUUCCUGGCACCUCACUGUAUCUUCCCAUGGCACAGUCUGUGGCCGUUGGGCCUUUAGGUUCCACAAUCCCAAUGGCUUAUUAUCCAGUUGGUCCCAUUUACCCACCCGGUUCAGCAGUGCUGGUGGAAGGAGCGUAUGAUGCAGGUGCCAGAUUUGGAGCUGGAGCUACUGCUGGUAACAUCCCUCCUCCACCUCCUGGAUGCCCUCCCAAUGCAGCUCAGCUUGCAGUUAUGCAGGGAGCCAACGUCCUUGUAACUCAGCGGAAGGGAAACUUCUUCGUGGGUGGCUCAGAUGGUGGCUACACCAUCUGGUGA